AUGCAGCUAAAAGAACGGUGUUUGGUUGUUGUCGCCCUAAUAUCAGGACGUAAUUUUCCUGCUCGGCAUACACAUCAUUUAGUAUGUGAAGCAAAAUUCAAUAAUGAAGUAUUGUCGACUGAUCCAGUUCUGCAUAAUGAAGAACCACAAUUUGAACAGGAACUUGCUUGGGAUCUGGAUAAGACAAGCUUAAAACAGCAUCGUUUACAAAGAAGUGCAUUAAAAGUAACAGUUUCUGCUGUUGAUAGCCAGUCACCAGUCAAAGAACCAAUUGGGUUUUUUAUGCUGGAUUUACGUUCGUGUUCUACUGAAAAGGCAUACAAAUGGUAUCGGCUUCUUCAUUGUAAAUAUCGAAAUAGCCCAGCUGUAUUUGGUUCAAUUUAUUUGGAUACUGAUGGGCAAGAAAUUAUUCCUAAUCCAAAAAUAAAAACAGGUUUAGCUAUGAGUUUAUCGAAGAAUGAUUUAAUACCUCGUGUUUAUAAUUCAGAAGAUGAAGAUAAUAACUUAUCAGAAAAAACAACAAAAUUAACAGAUGUCACCUGGUAUACAAUCGGUCCAAGGUGCAUAGCCAAAGAAAACUUUAUUUUAACAUUUCGUUUUGAAGAAGCUUUCAAAUUAGCCUCAUUAAUACCAACUGAACAAAGCCUGUGUACAGGUGAACAGAUUGGUGGAUUUCAUUUCACAUGUGAAAUUUUCAAUGUGCCAAUUUACUCAAAACAGUUUGAUCAACUUACGCAAAUAAAAUUAACCUCUGAGGAGUACAAUUUUUAUGUUAAGUCCACAGUCGAUAUUCUACGAAUUUAUUUUGUUCAUGUCACUCCAUUAGUUAUCAAAUUUUGUUUUGGCAAUGUUGUAUUGGCGCAAGCUUUUAUCCCAGUCGAACAGUUAUUACCAAUCAAUGAUCAUUCCCUAUCGAAUCCUGCUGUACUUAGUGGAAGUUUUGAUCUUAUCUCGGUAGAAUCCAGCCAUAAUUCGACAGAAUAUCAAAGUAAACAUAAUGAAGACAAACCACGUAUAAGUAUCAGUGUAACACUUCGACAGUAUUCUGAGCGGACCACAAUACAAUCACAAGGGAUAUUAUAUAAUAAUAAUUAUAGUAGUAGAAAAUGUUAUAAUCCGCCACAAUUAAAGCAUAUCACAAAUCCAAUGAAUGAUAUUCCAUCAGUCAAUAUUUAUUCACAUAAUAAAUUGAAUACAGUGAAUUCAAAUUCAGGUGAACAGUAUGGCGGUGAUCAGGUCAAGAAUUCUUCAUCAGAAGUGGGUAAUCUAAAACAAUGGAAUGGAUCUUGUGAACAUGAAGAAUCCUCGCCUGGACCCAAAUUAUUAAAUUCUUCCAAGUCAACAGAUUAUAGACCCAACUGGCAUCGUUACUGCUAUACAAUAGAGCUCAGAAGUGUGAAAAAUGUACAAGGCUUUGAUCAUGAACUACAACUUUAUGCUAGAUACGUAUAUCCGUUAUUUGGAAGUGGAGCACCAGUUAUGACACUUCCACCCGUACCGAUUAUUAAACAUCAAGAAGUUUCUUUGCCUCAUGGAUUUUGUGCAUUUGAAUUUGCUGCAUCUCCUGAGGAACUAAAAACUCGGCUUACCGAAAAUCCUUUGACAGUGGAAUUUUUUGACAGGUCACAAGGUUCUUUAACAACAGAUUUAUCUAUUGGCUAUGCAACUAUAUCUUUGGCAUCAAUCUUUGAAUCACAUAUUGUAAAAGCCACGAAAGAAUCAUCUUCCUUAGUAAGACGUAUGAAUGGUAGUGUGGAUAUGUUAGCAAAUCAAAGUUAUACAAAUGAAUCCAAAAUUAUUGGACAACUUGUUUAUUCAUUACAGCUAGAGGAUUUUGGUAUGCACUCUACAGACUGUAAUAUAUCUGUGUCACAUAUGACUAACGAACUUGGUCAUCAUAUGACAGAGGAAUGUAAGAGAAUAUCUUCACUAUCCACAAAUGAACAGUUUGAAUCCUCAGAUAUUCGAUCAACUCGUGAGUAUCAAGUAGCAAUGGAGUUAGAGUUAUGGCGUGCUGCAGAAGAAGCAAAAUUUACUGCUCAACUUAAAAAACGUGAACAGACACUGAUGUCUACACUAGCUGAAGAAUGGCAUAAAAGAGACAGUCAACGUGAAACCAUAUGCCGUAAGAAACUUUCAGAAUAUCAAGCUUUAGAAGAGAAAUUACGUAAUAUACUUAGUGAACUUGCUACUAGAGAGCGUCAGCUGACUGCCGGUGAAGCGGAGCUGGUACGUUUGAAACAAGAAAACUCAAGAGAAUUGGAGGUUAAGCGCAAAGAACUAAACCAUCAGUCUCAGAUUCAAACUCGAGAUUUGGAAUGUCAAAUUAAACUGGAAAAGAAAAACAGUGAGUAUUGGAAAGCACAAGUUGGUGAAUGGCAAAAUAAGUGCAUCUCUUUAGAAGAAGAAAUUAACGGUUUGCGAAGCAAACUUAAUAGUAAAUCUAAUAAGCAAACAGAAAAUAAAGUAUCCAGUGAAACUGCAAAUCACGAAAUAGCCCGACUGACUGCAGAAUUGGCAGUCGUUCGUGCCACAUUGUCUGAGACGGAAUGUCAUCUAAGUGAGGUGGAACGUGGUCGCGCAAGAUAUCGACAGCUAUGGACAAAAUCUUUGCAUGAAUUGGCCAAAAUGAAACAGGAAAACGAUGAAGCUACCCAUAUUUCUCUAGUUCAAAAAGAAGCGGAAUUGGAACAGUUGAGGUCCUAUUACUCGAAUGUCGACGACAAGCAGCCAGCUAGUCGGAGUACGAAAGUAGCGACUGUAGAUGAACUAGAACAAACUGGAAAACGAUGUGAGGUCACAAACGAAGUAAGUGCUCCCGAUGACAGACCAGUUAUGGAUGAAAAGACAGAAGCUCAAGUUGCUCGUCUUAUUGAAGAACGUGAUGGUCUUCUGAAUACUGGAGUAUAUGAAAGCAGUGAUUCCUUGAUCCUAGACCUUGACCGACAAAUCAGAUAUCUCUUAGAAAGAAUAUAA